GCCCGGCUGGCUGCGUGUGCGUCUACAGCCCCCCUCUCCCCCGGCUCUCGCAUGCACACAGCACACACACGCUCCCUUGCAUCUAUACACACACGCAGAGCCGAUCAGUGCAGCCGGCGCAGAGCCUGGUAAUUGUAUUGCUCCCUCCAAGUGGAAGGAAGGACUGAGAGUAAGAGAGAGAGGGAGAGAGAGAGAAAGUGGAAGAUCAGAGAAAGAAGAGGAGAAAGAGGAAACAUAUCAAAACUUUGAUAUUUUUUUAAACCUUUUUGCUGUUCUUCAGAGGAAGUUGAUGUGACAAUGACCCGGUAUCGCUGAUGGAGUCGGUAGGACACCCGUUAUCCGAGUGUUUUUUAAUGCACUCUGAACAAGAAAUGAACUUAUCGAAGGGGCCAUUGGUGAACAGCAGCAGCGAAGAAAACUCCAAGUCAACAUAUGUUAAAUGUGGCGCCGGCGCCUGGAGGAUGCACCAGAGCUACGAUUCACUAGAAGCCAACCACAUGAGAGACGCACAUGCCCUCUACAACCCCAGGCUUCUCUGCAGAAUGUCCAGUAAGGAGCGCCACCUAGAGUCGAAUUGUCCGUCCUCUUACAUAAAGACUGAACCAUCAAGUCCUGCCUCUCUGACUGACAGUCUAAACCAUCACUCCCCUGGUGGCUCCAGCGACGCCUCUGGGUCUUACUCAUCCACCAUGAACGGCCACCCCAACGGCUUGGACUCUCCAAGCCUUUACGGUUCCAACGCAGGAUCCCUGGGACCUGCUGGAGGCCCAGGAUCGAAACGUUACGAGGACUGUUCAUCAACUAUUGGGGAAGAUUCACAAAUUAAGUGCGAGUACAUGUUGAAUUCCAUGCCGAAGAGGUUGUGCCUGGUGUGCGGGGACAUUGCGUCAGGGUACCACUAUGGAGUCGCGUCGUGCGAGGCCUGCAAGGCGUUCUUCAAACGCACCAUUCAAGGCAACAUUGAGUACAGCUGUCCCGCUACCAACGAGUGUGAGAUCACCAAGAGAAGACGCAAGUCAUGCCAGGCCUGCCGCUUUAUGAAGUGUCUGACAGUGGGCAUGCUGAGGGAGGGUAAGGGAAAAGGUGUUCGUCUGGACAGGGUUCGCGGUGGAAGACAAAAAUACAAACGCCGAAUAGAUGCAGACAACAGCCCGUACCUGAACCCACAGCUGGCUUUGCCCCCAAAAAAGCCAUUUGCCUUUGGCUGCCUUGCAGAUAACAAAAUCGUCUCUCACCUCCUGGUGGCCGAGCCAGAAAAGAUUUACGCCAUGCCUGACCCAACCGUACCGGACAGCGACAUCAAGGCCCUCACCACGCUGUGUGACCUGGCGGACAGAGAACUGGUGGUCAACAUUGGUUGGGCCAAACACAUCCCAGGUUUCUCCACGCUGUCUUUGGCAGACCAGAUGAGUCUACUGCAGAGUGCAUGGAUGGAGAUCUUGAUUUUGCGUGUUGUGUAUCGCUCACUCUCCUUUGAAGAUAAGCUGGUGUAUGCUGAGGACUACAUAAUGGACGAGGACCAGUCAAAACUAGCUGGCCUUCUGGACCUGAACAACGCUAUUCUUCAGCUGGUCAAGAAAUAUAAGUCUAUGAAGCUGGAGAAGGAAGAAUUCGUCACUCUCAAGGCUAUUGCGCUGGCUAACUCAGACUCCAUGCACAUUGAGGAUGUGGAUGCAGUACAGAAGCUCCAGGAUGUGCUCCAUGAGGCCCUGCAGGACUAUGAGGCUUCCCAACACCAGGAGGAUCCCCGCCGGGCUGGCAAGCUGCUAAUGACUCUCCCCUUACUCCGUCAGACCUCCACCAAGGCUGUGCAGCAUUUCUACAGCAUCAAGCAGGAUGGGAAGGUCCCAAUGCACAAACUCUUCUUGGAGCUGCUGGAAGCCAAGGUCUGAGGGCGGGGACUGGAUCGAAGGACAGAUAGACGCCAGUCUGAGUGACUUGAGCUACAUGUCAAACUUUGAUCAACAACUUCGAAUGACCUCUUGUUCUUUUACAUGCAGAUACUCCUAUACUUGCAUACACAGACGUGCAAACACACACAGAUAUGUUCUUAAAAAUUGUUGGCUAACACAUCCCCUACAGAAUCGAUCAAAACCAUAUACCUGAACCCUAAAGCACUAGUUGUUGACUAAGGAGCGUUCACUGGAACCUUUUUUGAUGAAGACAGGGACAGGAGGACUCAAGCCUACAAAGGGCCAAUGAAAGACGACAGGUCAGAACAGGUACUUCAUGGCAGUUAUAUAACAAUUACCAGAAAUUCAGAUUGUGACAGAACAUUUAUGCAUCAAAUAACACUUAAAAUGUUAAUGAAAGACAACUGAGGGAACAUAAUAGACAAUAAAACGCUCCACAUUAGUUCUGAAAGACUCUCAGACUAUACCCACAUUUUCUUUCCACAAUUCCAUUCGAUAUAAAAUAAUUUUUUAAAGUUCAACACGAACUGAGUGGGGAAUAAAAAUCAAUGCAUAGAAAAUACUGACAUUGGUUGUAGGUGUACAUGUACAGAGAAGUUUGGAUGGAUGGACUGAAAGAAAAGAAGAGGAUAUUUGCCCUGCCAAAGAAUGGAACCACCCAUUCAGAGGAUGCCAGCAAACUUUACAGUUAUAACCCCGAUCUGUUCUGGUUUUAGGUGGGUUCCAGUCCUGGACCUAAAAAAAAAAAAAAGAAAGAUUGCCCUCCACUUGUCAGUUUUACUUACGGUUGUUGCUGGGUUAGAGCACCUAGGGCCAGGAAUGGAAACAAACAGUUUAAACAUUUUCUGGUUUUCUGGUUUUCCAUGACUCCCUUUUCUCAAUAGCACCUGAGUAGCUUCUGCUUCAUGAAGACGAUUGAUUCUAGUCAACCAAAAUUGUCAGCUGUGUUUGUACUGUUGAUGAAACUAGGAACGAUUUAAAAAAAAAAAAAAAAAGGGCAGCUAGACAACGCUAUGGUCUGUUGGCCUAUAAGACUGAUUUGAGUCUUAACACUUGGGUUGUGUUGAUAUUCAACACCAUAAUCAGACUUGUGAAACAAAACUGUCUUCCUAACAAAAACCUUUAAACAGUUCACAUUUUCUUUGGCGGUAAAUACUCUGUCAUUCACCCUUCUUGUGUUUGGAUAUCUGUUUGAAACAUUUUUAGCUGUUUGGGAUCCAGGGUUGCAGCUCUUCACAUACAAUAUUAGUAGCAGUUUCACUCUCUCAGUGUGCCAUUAAAAAUGGUCUGGCCCAAGAUCACCAUCCACACUCCAAAGUCUCACCUCACUACUGCUCUCGUCACCUUAAAGUGUUCGCAACUUCCAGCUCAUUUCUUGAGUCUUGUGACUCUCUCAAGAAAUGUAGCAGAAGAUUCAGUCACUGGACAAAAUACGAAUCAGACGGAAAGGUUUGCUGACUAAACUAACUUAAGAACAACUGUUUUUGCUUUAAAAUAACUUGUCUUUCUUUUUUUUUCUCCUAAAAAAAGAAUCAUAAUGGUAAUACCAAUAUAAGUGUAAAUAUUUUCAUCCUGUAUAUGACAUAUAUUCCAGCUUUGUUUUAUAUUUAAAAAUGAUCUUCUCACAACUGAGUAAGUCAAUGUCUUUUCUUUUAUUUCCAUCAGCCUGACCACUGUCAACAUUAUCACAUAUAUGUAACAAAUAUCACAAGUAAUAAUGUGUUAACAAUUCAGUUUGUCUUAAAAACUCUGAGCAAUAGUGGUUGUUAAUAGGGGGAUUUGGGGAUUUAGACGAAGUCUGCAAUAUUAACAUUUUGUGCCAGUCUCAAAUUUGGGAAAAGGUGUAUUCAAAGAAAAGAAAUGCUGCUUUUCUUUCUCUGUAAAACUUAUUAGCUGUUGGAAGACACUCGACUCUAAAUUUGGUAAAGACUGUUAGCUAUAGGCAAUAUGGACCAGGAAUAGGAUAAUCCAGAUUAAAUUUGCUACCUAAAAUGUUCUUGUCAUCUUUGUGGAUAAAGUUGAUCAGAUUUAGGGAAGAGAGUUUGUUUGGGACUCACAAAUAAUAUAUUCAGUUUAUCAAUUUGCACCAGAAGGAGCAUGUGUUUGGGUUCAGCUGUGAAACCUCAUUAAAUCAAAGUUUGUUUGGAAAAGCAAUGGUGCUAACUAAAUCAUACCACUUCCUGUUUGCUUGCUGUCAUAGACUGUAUAAAAGUGGGUAUAAAAGUGGGUUGAGAGGGUUGGCUCCUGUGACAUCACCAAUUGAUUUAAAGGGCUCUUUCGUGUUUCAACUCUUCAAGUUCAUCACGUGAUGCUGCUAAAUACUCUGCUUUGGUAACCAUUUGAAUUGCAAUUGAAGCAUAAUUACAUAAUGGUCAUCAAUGUUUAAUAUGCUAAACUAUAGUGUUUGAAGGUGAAAAUUCUAUAAAAACAAAGUUUUAUGAGGUUACAAAUAUGGUGAAAUGUAAAACCCUCUUCGCCAUUGGAAAUUAGAUUUCCUUGGCUUGACAAUUGAUCCUUAUACAGUCUAUGCUAGCUGGCUUCUUCCUUGUUAAUGGAUGGUUAAAUUGAAAGUAAAAAUAAUAGUAUCGUAAACCAUCAGAAAGAGUGAAGAUAAUAAAAAGAGGCAUUCAGACAAAAGGGAAUCGAAGAGUUUAUCAAAUGCAUUUCUACUAAUAUUUAUUAACGUGCCUCCUGUCUGGCUAACUACCUAAUUAGCUUGUGACUCGUCUUUUAAAUCUGCCUCAUUAGCUUGUGUAUAAACUGGACUGUUGAGGCUUUUCAGAAUAGUAAUUUAAGAUGUGAAUAUCUAUCUAAGCUAAACUGUAGCUUUAAAUGGCUUAAAAUGAGGAAUACAUUUUGAUGGCAGUAAUUCUAAUGUAUUUUCUAAUGUAUUCUAAUGUAGUUAACAUUAACAUAAUGUUAACUAUAAAGAACAUAUUUCAUGUUUAAAUUCACAUAGUUUCUCUAGAAGAAAGAAUUGGAAAAGGGUUUUACAGUUGGAACAGGAAGCAUACAUAACAGGUAGACAGUUGACAUUUGCUUUUUGUUUGUUACUGUAUGUAAUUUUUUAAAGCCAAAUAAGAAUGCCAAAAUAUCUACUGUAGAUGACACUGUAAUCUAAUGUAAAAUUGCAACAUUUCACAGCUGAGGAGUGCAGCAAUUUAAGUGUAGUUGACCUCUAACAACACAUGUCCUGUAUCAACCAUCAAUAUUUUUAGUAAGGGGCAUUUCCUCUACCUUCUUUAACCCUGCUGUAUAUUGUAAAUUAUGCAGAUUAUAAUUCUAACAUUAUACAUUUUAUUGUUAAAAAAAAUAUCAAGAAAAACGUGGGGGGGGGGUGGGAUGUAGUUCAGCCUGUGCGUUUCAUGUUUGCUGUUUUUUCUGUCAAGAAAAAGAGCUCUAUCUUUGAUUAAUUUCCGUUUGUAAAUUGUCUAUGAUUUCAUUCUUUUCUCCUCUGUUGAGUCUUUUUAAGAUGUUGCUGUGUACUUUAUCUUGUGGUGAUUUGUGCUGUGUGCUUCUUCUUUAGACAACAGAGUAGAGUAGAGGCCAUGUUGUUUGUCUUUCUGUCAAUCAGUACUUUGGGGUCUGGGCACUGGAGUUGCUAAAAAUGAACCAAACAUGACAUAAAGCUCUUCAACUUGGCUACCAUGAUCAAAUUACAGCAUUCAUCUCUACCCAACUAUACAUCAUUAAAUAUCAAAUAUCUAAAUGAAGAAACUGAUAAUUUGUGUAACAUUCCUGUAGAAUAAAAAUAUUCUGUAUAUCUCUAGGUAAAUAAUGCUGAAAUAAAAGGACAUUUGAGUAAUUAAUAGGUGGCACUUUUUUUGAUAAAUUCACUGUACAUAUCUGCCCUCUGUAAAGCUCAGCUCAGUCAUUAUUUUUGAUGUUUCAAAAGAAAAAUAAGAAAAACGAACAAAAAAAUGUUUGUUUUUUUUUCUCUCCCUAGCAAAGAAACCCAAUUAUCUUCUCCAAAACAUCCAUGACAUUGUGGACACCUGGUACAGUCCAGUACAAUUAAAACUCCAAAAUACAUAUUUAAAAUCACACCAUCACCAACAUUGUCAUAUGUUGUUUUAAGAGAGUAAAAUUAGCAAGACACAGAUAAAAGAUUUGUAUGUUAAGUUCUGACUAUAAGAGUUGAUUUUCCUGUUUUGGUUGUAAAUUCUAAUAUGUCUGACCACUGUCCCCUUGCAAAUUGUGUUGAAUACUGUUCACUGUACAUUAUACCAAACAAAGGGUAUGGAAGAAUGGUGCUCUCUUCCAACUGUUCUUUGUCUUUUGUUACUGUUUUUAUUUAUUUGUCAAUUGUAUCCCUGUGAACUCCUGACCUAUUCAACACCCUGAAGAGUGUUUAAACUCUCUCCGAAGUGAUUAACGCUGAACUGAAUCUGUGUGCUCGUCACUGGAAAUGGUUUACGCAGAUGACACUUAUUCCGGCCAAGGCCAUUUUGGAUGACUGAGAGAAAUUAUCCUCUGAACUCAGAGGCUUUGUCCAGGUUUUGAUCUGACUUAACACCACAAUUUGUGUGGAGGGGAGCAUUUUACCUCAUGCACUUUUUUGUUGCAAGGAUUACUCUGAAGACAAUGUAAGAUGACGAAGCUAAAGUUGCACAUUUCUUGUGUUACCUUGUAUAGCCAAAUGAGGAUAUGUCUUUUUAUUAGGAUUCUGUAUUUAGAAUUAAUCUACAGUAUUACAACCACCGAAACUGGUGUUUCCACAAAUGCCAGUGGGAAGAUUGACUGUCUAGGGAUUUUUGGUGGGCUUCUGAUACCAAGAUUUUGACCAGUUUGCACUUUGGGUAACAUUUUAUUGCCCUCACUUGACGCAAAUACUCCAUUUUAGAAGAGUUUAAAUGGAGCAAAGGGGAAACUGAUUGACCCAUAGUGGCCAAUCAUGGCAGACUGUCCCCCGGGCUCCACCUAAAAUCUACAAAGACCAAAAUUUAGCAUCCUACAGCUCUACAAUAUUUGUCAUUUAAUCCCAAAUUGUAACUGCCACUUGUGCUGCAGCCUGUCUCCAGUCUGAAUUUGCAAACGUGGGAAUAUUUAAUGCAGAGAGAGAAACUUUUGUGGGACAAAAUAGAUGCGCAAGGGUAACAAGGCACUUGAGUGGUGAAGAAUUACUGACAACAGAAGACCUUCUAGUAUUAUUGAAAACAUGUCUGUAGAUUUUAGAUGUGCUUCACAUCAAUAAAUAGAACAAAAAAAAGAAAAACAAUAACCUGUAUAUUUUUGUGACGUGUAUCAUACAAGUGUGCUCCAACAAUAAUGUCCAUUUGUGUAAAUGUAUUUAUUUCACAUUGUAUAUAUUGUUCAUUGCAAAAAGAGAGACCUAUGAUUCUGUAACUUAAACUAUUAUGGGUUAAAACAUUACAUGUGUUACUCCAAACUAUGCCUUUCAGGAUUAUUACUGUAGAGCAAUAUCAAUUAAAACCAGGCUUCCAGUUUUGAAA